AUGUUUCGGAUUGGCUUUGCUUGCGGCCUCAUCAUGGCUUUACUCACAGCUAUAGCUUUCAGAGUGUUCAGUGCAACAGACCUGGAGCUCAUGAAGCCUCAGCUGCAGCUUUACAAGGGAAGUUUGCUGCUGAUUGAAUUUCUGUUCCUGAUUGGACUGAACCUGUACUGCUUUAAUAUAUCAGCAAUAAACCACCCGCUCAUCUUUGGACUGGAUCCCAGAGAGCACUUCUCAUACUACCAUAUUAUCGAGAUGGCCGGGGGUCUGACUGUGUGCUGGUGCACCAGUGUAUUGGCUAGUCUUCAUCCUUCUGUGUUGUCAGUCCCACAGCAGCUCCACCCACUACUUUUUCACAGCUUCCUCCUGUUUCUGCUACUAAACCCUUUCUCCAUAUUUCACACCCAGGCUCGUCGCUGGCUCAUAGUCACAAUGAGUAAGGUCUUGGCAGCUCCUUUUCAGCCUGUGGGCUUUGCAGAAUGCUGGCUAGCUGAUCAAUUCAACAGUCUUAGCCCUCUGUUCCUUGGCUUGAGGGAUCUGCUGUGCUUCUAUACAUAUCAGAUCAACUGGAGAGAUAUGUGGUCUGACAGCCCUCUAGCCGCAGUGAGUCCGGACUGUGGAUUUUAUAGUAUGCCUGUAACCUGUCUGAUCCAAUGCUUUCCACCAUGGCUGAGAUUUGCACAAUGCCUGAGGUGCUUCUGGGACACUGGCCACACGCUACAUCUCCUGAAUGCAGGAAAAUACUUCACUGUGUUUCUUAUGGUCACAUUUGCCAGCCUCUACAACAUGGCCAGAGGUACACACCAAAUGAAUGGGUAG